CCUCCACAGCGCGCGGGGCCACCCGGACCGCCGCCAUCUUCCGGCGACGUGGCGGCCCCGCCUCCUCUCCCGACUUCCUUCCCCCUUGAGCGCGCGGGGCCGCCGCGGCGGGAGCGGCGGGAGCACCUGUGGGGACGAGCUCGAGGUUUUGGGCUCGCGGACUGGGACCGGAACCGGAACCGGAGCACCGGCGGGGGCAGCCGUGCGGACCCAGCAUGAGUGACGUUUCCUGCAAAAAAAGGGAUGGCUAUUUGGAAUGGCCAGAGUAUUUCAUGGCAGUGGCCUUCUUAUCAGCACAGAGAAGCAAAGAUCCAAAUUCCCAGGUUGGGGCCUGCAUCGUGAAUGCAGAAAACAAGAUUGUCGGGAUCGGGUACAAUGGGAUGCCAAAUGGGUGCAGCGACGACCUGUUGCCUUGGAGGAGGACUGCAGAGCAUAAGUUGGACACCAAAUACCCAUAUGUGUGCCAUGCCGAGCUGAAUGCCAUUAUGAACAAAAAUUCGGGCGAUGUAAAGGGCUGUACCAUGUACGUGGCCUUGUUCCCAUGCAAUGAAUGCGCUAAGCUCAUCAUCCAGGCAGGUAUAAAAGAAGUUAUUUUCAUGUCUGAUAAAUAUCAUGAUAGUGAUGAGACAACAGCUGCGCGGCUCAUGUUUAAUUUGGCCGGGGUCACGUUCAGGAAAUUCACACCGAAGUGCAGCAAGAUUGUCAUUGACUUUGAUUCAAUUAACAGCAGAACAAAUCAGAUGCUUCAGUGAGUUACAUCUCAUUAAAUCUCCAGAAGAUUGGGAUUAUCCUCUUCUAAGAAGCCAUUAAUGCCUUUCAUCUUGAAGUUACACGUAACUUUUUAAUAGCAAAAGACAUCUAAAGAAUUCAAAGCUUCAAAGCUUCCUUGCUGUCUGUCUCAUCACAUGGAAUCUACAUCUGUUUAAACGAUUGAUUUAUGGUUUGGCAUAAGGAACCUAUAGAUGGCCUGUCACACAGCGCUGGCAGGAGGGCCUUCCCCGCUCCCCCUUUUGUGUCCUGGCCCGCUGGGUGCUGGUGGCUCUGCAGAAGGGCGUCAGCUGCCUGUCAUCUGCUGCAUUUCGGCAGCCACUCUUCACUGCUCCAUGUGCUGGAAGGACAAAUAAAUAAUUGUUGUGUUCCUAGCGGGGAUGAGCAGACACACGGAUCUGAACAUCUGGCCCAAAUGAAGCAUAACAUGUAGUGCCCUUGGAAAAACAAAAACAGGGCCCAAAUGACAGCAGCAUUAAAGUAUUGCUGUAGAGGGUUGAAAGAAAACCAACCACCCACCCACCUCCCCCAGUAAACUAGGUAGGCCAGCCCAUGUGUCCUGACAGAUGACGAGCGUGGCUGAACCAGGGCCAUUUUCUGUGCCCCUGCUGUCCUGCCACGUACAGGGUGGUGCCACAUUGUCCCUUUGGGGGUGGGGACCCCGGUUGGUUUUGCUUCUUAAUUUUGGUCUGUGGUCACCCGCAAAUCUUAGAUUUAGUUUAUCUGAAUAGUGAGCUGUUCCUGCAGGAGACAGACCUGUCUUCCCUCACCCCCAAGGCCACGCCCUGCCCUGCUGGCAGCCAGCGGGGGUUGUGUGGACAGCAGAGGUGGACCCCCACCCCGCCCCCAGACCCUUCCUCUGUGUGGAAAUGCCUUGUCAUUGCUCCGAGCAUCAGCACCGUUCAUUUCCAAGGCUGCUCUACCACCGGAGAGCAAAUUAAUUCCUAUCCUGUAAGUGAAAUAUGGGGAAUUCAGCCCACCUGGAGGCAGUUUAUUGCAGACUUAUUGGUGACUGGAGCUCAUUUGUGCUCCUGGCACUGUGCCUUCAUCUGCACAAAUAUCCCCCUCCUAAUCGCUGGGAGUUGGUGAAUGUGUGGCUGUGCACCUUGUCUUUAAUUUCAUUUAAUUUUUAUUAAACAUGCUCUGUACCUUUGUUGAGAAAAUGGUUUCUUUAUCCUAAAGAUUAUUACCUUUUUAAAGUGUUCUCAUACUUGCAUGAGUUUUUAUUUUGUCUCUGAGGUUUUUGUACUCCAUAUUCCAGGGCAUUUUGUAAUUUGGCUCCUUACCAAUAUUAUUAAACUCUUAUUAAAAUGUA